GUGUUCGUAUCAUUUACACUUGCUUGUAAAUUAAUGAUAAUCGUAGAAUCGCAAUUAAUCGCAUAAUGCGGUUUAUCAGUGCGGAGAAAUUAAUAGAAAUUCAAAGGGAACCGGCUAAUAUACGAAACAUCUGUAUAUUAGCUCACGUAGAUCAUGGCAAAACCACUUUGGCAGACUCUCUGGUUGCUAGCAAUGGAAUCAUCUCUAAUAAACUUGCGGGUAAAUUACGAUAUUUGGACAGCCGUCCCGACGAGCAACUUCGAGGAAUUACGAUGAAAUCGAGCUGCAUAGCUCUUUAUCACAAGUAUAAUCAUCAAGAAUGUGCUAUCAAUUUAAUCGAUUCCCCGGGACACGUGGACUUUGCUUCCGAAGUGUCCACAGCCGUGAGACUAUGCGACGGUGCUAUUAUCGUUAUCGACGUGGUGGAAGGUGUGUGCCCACAAACGCGAAGCGUCUUGUCUACUUCUUACACAGAAGGUUUAAAACCAAUUUUACUAUUGAACAAAAUAGACAGAUUAAUUACAGAAAUGAAGUUGUCACCGUUGGAUGCUUACGUGCAUUUAACGCAGGUUUUAGAACAGGUGAACGCCGUAAUGGGAGAGCUAUUUGCCAGCGACGUAAUGGAGCGGGAAGAAAAGGAGGAGUUGAAAAAGGAAACGGUGGAGAGCAUGUUUGAGAGGAAUAUAGCGGAUUGGCAGUCCGUACUGGAAGAGAUAGACGACUCUACCUUAUAUUUCUCUCCGGAGCAAGGUAACGUCUUAUUUUGCAGCGCUACGGAUGGCUGGGGAUUCUCCGUUAAAGAAUUUGCCAAUAUAUUUUCGGCGAAAUUGGGCUUUAGCGAGAAAGUUCUAUCAAAGACGCUUUGGGGAGAUUAUUACGUAAACACCAAGACAAAGAGAAUAAUGAGAGGAGCUCAAGAGAAAGCGAAGAAGCCUCUGUUCGUUCAACUUAUAUUGGACAACCUUUGGGCUCUGUACGAAACGAUAACCGUUCGCAAGGAUAAAGACAAGGUAGCGUCGAUGGCUGAAAGAUUGGGUAUAAAAUUGACAAACAGGGAUUUGAAGCACACGGAUGCCAAGGCUCAAUUACAGGCGGUGUGUUCUCAAUGGCUACCUCUGGCCCGUGCGUGUCUCGACGCCGUAUGCGACAAAAUUCCAGCACCGCAUAAUUUAACUUCGGAAAAGGUAGAACGUUUGCUCAGCGGAAACAUCGAUUUCUCUACAUUGCCAGAGGAAACGCAACGAUUGAAAGAGACGUUUUUAGCCUGCGAUCCUUCUCCUCGUUCACCCGUCGUUGUAUUCGUUUCGAAAAUGUUUCCGGUAGAGAGGAACAUGUUACCGGAGAACAAACCAAAACCGUUGACCACCGAAGAGUUGGCCGAGCGAAGGGAAAUGGCACGAACGAAGCACGCGGAGAAAAUGACGAAGGAGCAACGAUCGACGGAGGAGGUUGGAGAAGCGCAACGGAACGCGAAUACCGGCAAGUUCGAUCCGAGUGACGGGAGCGGAGGAUCGAAAAGUAUCGUUUCAGUUUCCGAAGAAAUCAGCCAAGAAGAUGAACGUUCGCAGACCACGUUAAUAGCGUUCGCUCGAAUAUAUUCCGGAUGUCUGGAAGAAGGAAGUGUCGUGUACGUUCUAGGACCGAAACACGAUCCGCGUGAAAUAUUGAAAGGACCGAGGGAAGAAGCAGGCGAGUUAGUACCGAUAGACGAGGACGUGGCGUUGAAAAGCUCGAAGCACGUGACAAGAGUUACCAUACGAAAACUGUACCUUCUAAUGGGUAGAGAAUUAGAACCGACCAACAAAGUAUUUGCUGGUAACGUGUUUGGAAUCGGCGAUUUGGAGGAUCACGUAUUAAAAACGGCAACGCUUUCCACCACUGUCGCUUGUCCAUCUUUCUCGGAGUUGACUUCGCUCGGUGUACCGAUAAUGCGAGUGGCUCUGGAGCCGAAACAUCCGAACGAUUUGCAACUGUUGAUCAACGGGUUAAAAUUGCUUAAUCAGGCGGAUGCCUGUGCCAUCGUUCACAUUCAAGAGACUGGCGAGAUCGUAUUAAGCACCGCCGGAGAAGUGCAUUUGGAGAGAUGUUUGGAAGAUUUAAAGUUAUGUUACGCGAAAGUCGACGUAAACGUGUCGGAACCUAUCGUAUCGUUUAGAGAAACGGUCGUGCCUCCUCCAAAGGUCGAUAUGGUGAACGAAGCGAUCGAGAAGAAGGCCGAAAACGUUAGUUUCGCUUCUUGGACGGCGAAUCGACAGUGCUAUUUUGAGAUCGAUGCGAGACCUUUACCCGAGAAGGUAACCAAGAUUUUGGAAAAGAACGCCGAUUUAAUAAAGGCGUCCUAUCACCAUUAUGGUAAAUCGCGUUGUGAAAAAGAGGAGAAAGAAAUCGAAAGGAUUACGAUCGAUCGUGAAAUGGAAUCGUUACGCUCGAUGUCGGAGAGGGAGGAACGCGCGUUAGAAUCGUUGAGAAGCGAGUUGGCCAGUGCGUUUCGAGAAGCGGGGGAAAAAGACGCGUUAGACAAAAUAUGGUCGUUCGGGCCACGAAACUGCGGCCCUAACAUCCUGUUGAACGAAACCGAUUACAAGCAGAGGAAAUUUUGGCAGAGCCACUCAAAGUCUAUGGAUCCACGUGCUCCUUACGAGAGCAGCAUGGUCAAUGGUUUCCAACUAGCAACGCUCGCCGGACCUCUCUGCGAAGAGCCUAUGAUGGGCGUCUGUUUCGUCGUGAAAAAGUGGGAAAUUAAUAACGAAGAUUCAAUACAAAGCGAAAAUGGCAACCAGAAUCAAGGACACUUGGACGGCGGUCAUUUGAUGUCAGCAUGCAAGGAAGCUUGCCGUCGUGCGUUCAAUUCGAGACACCCUCGAUUAGUUACUCCGAUGUAUAGCUGCAGCGUCCUAGUCAAUUCGGACGUACUGGGAAAACUGUAUGCGGCAUUUGGAAAGAGACAAGGCCGUGUAAUUGCCGCGGAAAGUGCUCUCGGAUUCGGUGGACAGUUUCGCGUACUUGCGACUUUACCUGUGCCAGAGAGCUUUCAACUUGCCAGAGAACUGCGAACACAGACAUCCGGGCUGGCUAGUCCUCAACUGGUUUUCAGUCAUUGGGAGGUUAUCGAGCAAGAUCCUUAUUGGACGCCUUCCACGGACGAGGAGUACCUACACUUUGGUGACAAAGCAGAUAGCGAGAACAGAGCUAAAAAAUAUAUAGAUGCAGUCCGUCGACGUAAAGGUUUACCUGUGGAUUCUCAACUGGUUACGCACGCGGAAAAACAACGCACUCUAUCCAAGAAUAAAUAAUACUGAAUAAAUAAUA